AAUAAAAUAAAAAUAAAUAAAAGAAAGAGGAACCUCAACCCUCUCAUCUUCUCCUUCAAUCUUCACGCCGUCUCCUCCGACCUUUCCAGCAGCUCACUGUCGUCGCCGUCGCCGUCGCCGUUGCCGUCGCUGUCGCUGUCACCGCCUCUCUCCAGUUCAUUGCUGCCACCGCCGUGUAUUCCUUCACUCGUGUCGCCGCAGCCUCCUAGCGGCUUUACGCUGAUUUUAUACUCUCUUCUUCUUACGGGUUGAUGUGUUUAUAGUGGCAGUGAAAGUUAAUAACUUGGUAGUACAGUAUUGUGGUGGUGCAUGAAUCUUUGUUAAUGAUUGAGCUAUGUCGUUGACACCGAAGGAGCCAGAACAUGUUAUGAAGUUUAGAGGAGGAUCAGUUCUGGGUAAAAAGACAAUUCUUAAAAGUGACCAUUUCCCUGGAUGCCAGAACAAGCGAUUAUCACCUCAAAUAGAUGGUGCUCCAAAUUACCGUCAGGCCGAUUCAUUACAAGUCCAUGGUGUUGCUAUUCCUACAAUUCUUGGAAUUCAGAAUGUUCUCAAGUAUGUUGGAGCUCAAAAAGAUGGGCAAAAAGCUCAAGUUCUUUGGAUUAACCUUCGGGAAGAACCGGUGGUAUAUAUAAAUGGACGUCCAUUUGUUUUGCGCGAUGUGGAAAGACCUUUCUCCAACCUUGAAUACACGGGAAUCGACAGAGCUAGGGUUGAACAAAUGGAAGCUCGAUUGAAAGAAGACAUCUUAAUUGAAGCUUCAAGAUAUGGGAAUAAGAUUCUUGUGACCGAUGAAAUGCCUGAUGGUCAAAUGGUAGACCAAUGGGAACUGGUGUCUCAUGAUUCCAUCAAAUCACCUCUAGAGGUAUAUGAAGAAUUACAAGUGGAUGGAGUCCAUGUAGACUAUGAACGUGUUCCUGUAACUGAUGAAAAGUCUCCCAAAGAGUCAGAUUUCGAUAUUUUGGUUCGCAAAAUUUCCCAAGUUGAUGUAAAUACAGAGAUAAUUUUCAAUUGUCAAAUGGGCCGUGGGAGAACUACAACUGGAAUGGUGAUUGCAACUUUGGUCUACUUGAAUCGAGUUGGAGCUUCUGGUAUCACAAGGACAAAUUCAAUUGGAAAAGUUUCUGACUGCAGUGCCAAUGUCGAUGACAAUUUGCCGAACUCAGACGAAGCAAUUCGUAGAGGAGAGUAUGCAGUUAUAAGAAGCUUGACUCGGGUACUGGAGGGUGGUGCUGAAGGCAAACGACAAGUGGAUGAAGUCAUAGAUAAAUGUUCCUCCAUGCAGAAUUUGCGAGAAGCAAUUGCCACAUACCGCAACAGUAUUUUGCGGCAAGCUGAUGAGAUGAAGAGAGAAGCAGCAUUGUCAUUUUUUGUGGAGUACUUGGAAAGAUACUACUUUCUCAUAUGCUUUGCUGUUUAUAUCCAUUCAGAGAGAUCAGCGUUACGUUCUACAUCAUCUGGUCAUUGCAGUUUUGCUGAAUGGAUGAAAGAAAGGCCUGAAUUGUAUAGCAUCAUACGCAGGUUGCUGAGAAGAGAUCCUAUGGGUGCACUUGGAUAUGCAAGUUUGAAGCCUGCCCUCAUGAAGAUUGCUGAAUCUGCUGAUGGUCGUCCUUCUGAGAUGGGUGUAGUCGCGGCCUUGAGAAAUGGGGAGGUUCUUGGAAGUCUAACUGUGUUAAAAAGCGACCAUUGUCCCGGUUGUCAAAACCAAAGUCUACCCGAGAGGGUGGAAGGUGCACCCAAUUUUAGAGAAGUCCCUGGAUUUCCAGUCUAUGGAGUGGCAAAUCCCACCAUUGAUGGUAUUCGAUCUGUCAUUAGAAGAAUUGGAAGUUCAGAAGGUGGUCGUCCAAUUUUUUGGCACAAUAUGAGGGAAGAACCUGUUAUCUAUAUCAAUGGAAAACCAUUUGUGCUCCGUGAAGUGGAAAGACCGUACAAGAACAUGUUGGAGUACACGGGAAUUGAUCGGGAGCGAGUGGAGAGAAUGGAGGCACGACUAAAAGAAGAUAUUCUGAGGGAAGCUGAACGCUAUAGAGGUGCAAUAAUGGUCAUUCACGAAACAGACAAUGGGCAAAUUUAUGACACUUGGGAACACGUGAGCUCUGAGUCUGUUCAGACUCCAUUUGAAGUUUUCAAAAGACUAGAGUGUGAUGGCUUUCCUAUUAAGUAUGCACGUGUACCAAUUACUGAUGGUAAAGCUCCUAAAAGUUCUGACUUUGACGCAUUGGCAUUGAAUAUAGUUUCUGCUUCAAAGGAUACUGCUUUUGUGUUCAAUUGCCAGAUGGGUAUAGGAAGAACAACCACUGGAACUGUAAUUGCCUGCCUAUUAAAACUUCGGAUGGAUUAUGGAAGGCCUAUUAAAAUUCUGCUCAAUAAGAAAACUCGUGAAGAAGUGGAUGGCAGUUCGUCGAGUGAUGAAGAUAAUGAAACUAACGCUGUAGUAUCACCCUCCACAUAUAAAGAAGUUAAACAGAAGAACCAGAGCCGUGUGUUUGGUAUAAAUGACAUCUUAUUGUUGUGGAAGAUUACGAGACUAUUUGAUAAUGGCAUGGAAUGCAGAGAAGCCUUAGAUGCUAUUAUUGAUCGAUGUUCUGCACUGCAGAAUAUUCGCCAAGCUGUUCUGCAGUACAGAAAGGUAUUUAAUCAACAUGUGGAGCCAAGGGUGAGGAGGGUAGCCUUGAACCGUGGAGCUGAGUAUUUGGAGCGUUAUUUCCGUUUGAUUGCUUUUGCUGCAUAUCUUGGUAGUGAAGCAUUUGAUGGUAUCUGUGGUCAAGGAGAAGGUAGGGGAAUGACAUUCAAGAAUUGGUUGCAUCAGAGUCCAGAAGUCCAAGCAAUGAAAUGGAGCAUAAGAUUAAGGCCUGGGAGAUUUUUUACUGUGCCUGAGGCGUUGAGAGCCCAGCACGAGUCUCAACAUGGAGAUGCUGUUAUGGAGGCUGUUGUUAAGGCUCGUUGUGGUUCUGUUUUGGGCAAAGGAUCCAUUCUUAAAAUGUACUUCUUUCCUGGGCAGAGAACUUCCAGCUAUAUACAAAUUCAUGGUGCACCUCAUGUGUUCAAGGUUGAUGGAUACCCGGUUUAUAGCAUGGGAACUCCAACAAUUACUGGAGCACGAGAGAUGCUAGUAUAUUUACGUACUAAGCUCGAAGUCGAUGCAUCUUCUUCUCCAAAUGUGACAAUAAUUGAUCUCAGGGAGGAAGCGGUUGUUUACAUCAAUGAUACCCCAUUUGUCCUCAGGGAGCUGAAUAAACCCUUUGAUACUCUCAAGCAUGCUGGAAUCACCGGUCCAGUGGUAGAACACAUGGAAGCACGACUAAAAGAAGACAUAGUGUCAGAAAUCAAACAGUCUGGUGGUCGUAUGCUUUUACAUCGUGAGGAAUAUAAUCCCUCAUUGAAUCAAUCCAAUGUUAUAGGAUAUUGGGAAAAUAUCUUUGCCGAUGAUGUGAAGACUCCUGCUGAAGUUUAUGCACAUCUGAAGGAUGAGGGACAUGAUGUUACUUAUAAGAGGGUACCGUUGACCAGAGAAAGGGAAGCAUUAGCUUCUGACGUUGAUGCAAUCCAGUUCUGUAAAGAUAACUCUGCAGGAUGCUACCUCUUUGUAUCACACACAGGUUUUGGAGGAGCAGCAUAUGCAAUGGCGAUUUUAUGUAUAAGGCUUGGGGGCGAGGCAGAUCAUUUUGCAACAAAUAUUCCACAAUCCAUGACUAAUUCAGAUUUAUCUUAUGCAUGUGGAGACAGUUUGCAUGCUCAAGCAUCUGAAGAAGCAGCAUUCAGAAUCGGGGAUUAUCGUGACAUCCUAAGCCUUACACGAGUUCUCAUGUAUGGUCCUAAGAGUAAAGCAGAUGUUGACAUUGUCAUUGACAGGUGUGCAGGAGCAGGGCAUCUACGAGAUGACAUUCUCUACUACUGCAAGGAACUUAAAAAAUUUCCUGGCUAUGAUGAUGAACAUCGAGCUUACCUAAUGGACAUGGGUAUCAAGGCUCUAAGGCGGUAUUUUUUUCUCAUCACUUUCAGAUCCUACCUCUACUGUACUAAGGCAGAGGAGAUGAAAUUCACAUCAUGGAUGAAGGAUCGACCUGAAUUGGGUCAUUUAUGUAAUAACCUCAGAAUCGACAAGUAGUUAGAAGAAGAACAAGCUUGUAACAUAUAUAUUCUUGAUUGAUAUCCCUUAUCCUAAACUGUCGUCUGCCUGUAUGCAAUAGGCCAAUAUACUGCAAUAGCAAGAUUUCUUGUAAAAGUGUGAAUAGGUUUGCCAUAUGUAGAUGGUGGUACGUCAAGAUGAAGUCAAACUUAACACCUACUAUAUUUCACAGAUUUAUGAUUUACAUGUUCAGCCAAGUAGACAAUAAUAGUUACCAAGGAGACCAAUGGUCUGGUCUUUGAUUGGGACAUCCUAAUACUCAAAAUAAUUGCUGUAUUUACUGCAAUGAUAAAUGAUAAUGUCGCCCAAGAACAUCUAGAAGCUGCAUAGUUGUCUCCAUGAAGUUCUGGCAGUCAACUGGCGGAUUUGGAAGAAUGUUUGUGCAGCAUUGAGAGAUCAUCUACUAGAGAAACUCCAAGCUCGUUGUUUGUAAUGAUCUAAACGUGUAUGUGCCUCAUCUUUUGUGUAAUAUGCACUCUAGCUACAGUCAAUCAAGAUAUAUGAAGUAAAAAUAAAAAUGAAUGAUGAAGAAUACACUAUACCCAUUUGUUUGUGUUGGAAAAUGACAAAUCCAAUGUAGUUUUUGGCAA